CGCUGAUGUCAAAGCCGAAGCAAACUUCGUCUAAUAUCUCGUUGCAAUAUCUCGUUGCACCAAAGCAAUUUCCCCCGUCAACGUAACGAGACGCAAUUCUAAAUCCAGUUCUCCUUUUCCUAACCCCCGUGCAAAUCGUCAAUUAUAAUAUUGAACACUAAGCUCCAAAUAGACCGUUUUCCCCGCAAUGGAUCCGGAUCUCGAUUCCGGCCUCUUCGGUAUCCAGCUGUCCGACUCCGAGGACGGAAGCAACGACUCAGAACCCGCUGAAGGGACUCGGCCGAAGAAAGGAGGAGCAAGCACGCCCGUGGACCGGACGGCCCAGUCGGAGGAAGAAUUUCAGGCCGUGCAGAGGGAGUACCGAGUUAAAGUUGAAAACGGAGAAAUAUGGAAAACCAUCCAACUCCCCCUAGGACCAGGCCGGGUUCCCAAACCCGAAGCUCAAGCCCUACUACACGCGGUUGAAGAACUAUACUUCUUCCGGCGGUACUCCGAGGGCGCGAAACUUGCGCAAGCUAUUCUAGGUGGGGAUGAGAGUGAAAAUAUUAAGGAAAAGGGACCAUCUGGGCUUGACGAGGAUACUAAGAAGUUGCUACGGUAUUAUGAAAAGAAAUGUAAUGAGAAAGUAUAACCAUAGAUGAAGAGAAGACUAAAAAGGCUGAUACCCCCCGCUACAUAAAAGUUUACCACAAAAUACUACUAUUGCAGUUCACAAGUCUAUAAGCCAGCUAAAAGACAAUUAAUAAAUCAAUAGGAGAAGAGUGAUUAUCUUUAUCCCAUAC